AUGAAGAACAAAGUUGCAGAAGAAAGGGAGUUGAAGGAAGAAGAAAGAGCAGAGAAAGAAACAGAGAAAGAUUGGAGAAAGGAAAGAAUCAUCUCCUUGAAUCUAAAGAAUAUUCUCAAAGCCAAAUCUCAACAAAAUGGUACCAAUAACUAUAGCACAUUUGAGAUUCUAUCAACUCAUAUUUGGAGAUGUGCAUCUAAAGCAAGGUCACUUCCAAGUAACCAAGUUACUAAAUUGUUCACUCUAAUUAAUGGUAGGACUAAAUUGGACCCACCACUCCAACCUCAUUUAUUUGCUAAUGUUUUAUAUGCAACUUCAACUGUUGUUACCAUUGGUGAUCUUAUAAAUAACCCAAUAAAUUAUGGUGCUAGUAAGAUUCGUCAAACUUUGGUUAAAAUGGAUAAUAGUUACUUGAGAUCGGCUAUUGAUUACUUGGAGCUUAGGCCCAAUCUCAUUAAUGGGCCUGGUCGUGGGGCUGAUGUUUACGAAAGCCCAAAUUUUGGGAUAGUUUGUUGGAUUGGGCUGCCAAUGUAUGAUUCUGAUUUUGGAUGGGGUCGGCCCUUUUAUGUGACCCCUGUUGGGCUUCGUUUAGAGGGUAAAGCUUACAUUUUAGGGAAAUUUUCAUGGGCCACCUUAUUUUGGUAA